AGAGGCUGUAGCCAGCCGCAGGCGGGAGCCCUCGGAGCUGGGGAGCAGGACCCCUAACGCCCCCGCACUCUCCCCGGCCGCCGGGGGAGCCCAGGUCCCGGAGUAGCUCGAAGGGCGCAGCCUGCGCUCCGGGCCACAAGAAGGGCCGGGAGCACAGCCCGGUGCUGCAGCACAGCCCGCCUCUGUCCCCCGUUAGCCCGGGGAUGCCGGAGCAGCAGGUCCUCCGUGAGCUGGUGGCUUAGCAGCACCAUCCUUUGCAGGGGACGCCGCCGGUUCUUUGGCGGGGGCAGCCCUGGGGUGCGGGCUGAGCCCGGGCUGCAGGCUUUGUCGGACAGCCAUCAAGGCGCCUUCGAUUUGUGCGUGGCUGCGAUUGCCUUUUCCUCCCCAUUGGGAUUCCUUUAGCUGCUGCCCCGCCGCCGCCGCCUCCUGGGAUGUGAGGCCGGAGGGAUGGAGAAGAUGGAUGCAGGCAAAUGGCAGCAGCGCAUCUCCCGUUUGCAGAGGAGGCUCCCAGGAGCCGCAGCAAUGCAGCGGUUCUGUGGUGGGCUCUCCGGGAGACCCGAGCUCUGCCGCGGGGAGACGGCAGGGCAGUGAUCGCUCACAAACCCAGCCCUUUGUGUCUAGGAGGGUCUGAGCAGCCGCUGUGAUUUGUAUUAAAUUCAUUUUUUUCUGAUGAAAAUGGAGCCGGAUUUGUUAAUGACUCUCUCAGACCCAGGGAGCAAAUCGGAGCGGGCAUCGCUGCUGACUCUGUUUGCCGAGCAGAAUGGGAGGUAUCUCAUCAUGGAGCAGAGAGGGCAGCUGCCUAGCCCAGACCUGGUACUGGUCCCCAGAGAGACGCCCCCGGACGCCCCUUUGUUCCUGGGGCCCUCUUUACAAGAGAUGGAGAGCGGGCCAGUGGUGCUAGAGCAGGUUUUGGGGGAGAUGAAGCUAUCCAGGCUAGAUCCUACGCUGUUCUCAGAUAGGCCCAUUGAGUAUUUAUACCGCAUGGAAAAGCAGGAGAACGGCCUCUUGGACCAAGACACGACCGACCCAAUCAGCGACCUGGAACAAGAGUCAGGUGCAGGUGAUAAUCAUCAUGGUUGCCCCCAGAGUGAUUUUGAUUUGAACCUUUCUCUGGUGCAGGGUGCACUGGCCUCUGCUCAGAUCACAGAUUUGGAGGAGCAGUUCUUCUCUCUUGUGCUGGACCAGGCUGUUUCUUCUCCUUUUCGGGAUUUACAACUCAGGAGUGCUGGGCUAAGUCCAGAGGAUUCAAACAAGGGAGAAAGCUUUCCUGAAAGCAGCGAAAUCCUGCAAGCAGAAGGGGAGUUUUACUUAAGAAUGGAGACCUCCCAGGAGGAGAACCACUCUGAAGGACUCACUCCCACUUCCCCUUGGACUAAAGACACAGAAGAUUACAUAUCCCAAAGCUGCCAGGAGACACUUUCCUUAAGUACCCAGGAUUUGUCCCAGAUUGACAAGGACAUGGACCUCUUCCCCACUUUCCAUUCCUCUAGCAACCUGAGCCAGCCCCCGGAGUUUGCCCAGCCUGAUUCCAUAACUAAUGACUCUCCAGGCUGUCAAGAAGAGGAGCCCCGUCUCCGAGCUGUGUUUGAUGCCCUAGACCGAGAUGGGGAUGGCUUUGUGCGGAUAGAGGAGUUUGUUCAGUUUGCUACAGUUUAUGGCGCAGAACAGGUGAAGGACCUAACAAAAUAUCUAGACCCCAGUGGACUUGGAGUAAUCAGCUUUGAAGACUUCUAUAGGGGAAUCAGUGCUAUCAGAAAUGGAGAUUCUGACAGCCAGUUGUAUGAGAUGGGGUAUACCCAUGAAGAGGAACCUUCUGUCUGUCCUGAUGAGUUUGAUGACUUCGUCACGUUUGAGGCAAAUGAGGUGACUGACAGCGCCUACAUGGGCUCAGAGAGCACUUACAGCGAGUGUGAAACCUUCACAGAUGAGGACACUGGCACGCUGGUACAUCCCGAGAUGCACGAUGAAGUAGAAACGGACAGUGCUGUUGAUUCCACGGUGCACUCAGAGUUCACCGAUCCUAUAGAGGAUCCAGAGAAUGGAUCCCAUCCACAGGACCUGCCCUUGAGCUCAGACCUCAACAAUCACUCCAUCGUUACCGUAAUUAGUGGGGAGGAGCACUUCGAGGAUUAUGGAGAAGGGAAUGAAGCAGAUUUGUUCUCAGACAGCCUGUGUAACGGAGAAACCAGCUUUAGCAGCUCCUCUUUCCUUUCUCCCAGUCCAAAUAAAAGACUCUCAAGCAAGAAGGUAGCAAGGCACUUACAUCAGACGGGCACCCUGACUGCGGAUGCUAUGGAAGAACCUUUCUGUGACCACAUGGAGUGUGCGGAUGAGGACAUCACUGACAAGGUCGUCUUCCUGGAGAAGAGGGUAACAGAGCUGGAAAAGGACACAGCUGCAAAUGGAGAGCAGCACAGUCGGUUAAAACAUGAAAACCUGCAGCUGGUGCACAGAGCUAAUGCCCUGGAGGAACAGCUGAAGGAGCAAGAGUUGAAAGCAGAUGAGACGCUCCUAGAGGAAAUCAGAAAACAAAGAGAGCUCCUGACCAGGAUGGAGAGAGAGAAGAGUAUUGAGAUUGAGAAUCUGCAAGCCAGACUGCAGCAGCUGGAGGACGAGAACAGCGAGCUGAGAUCCUGCGUCCCUUGUCUGAAAGCCAGUAUCGAGAGGCUGGAGGAGGAGAAGCAGAAGUUGAUAGAUGAGAUAGAAGACCUCACUGCUCAAUUCAAUGAGGAGCAGGAAAGCAAGAGAAAAAUGGGAGACAAACUGACCCAGGAGAGACACCAAUUCCAGAAGGAGAAGGAGUCCACUCAAGAGCUGAUUGAGGACCUCCGAAAGCAGCUGGAGCACCUGCAGCUGUUCAAACUUGAAGCGGAGCAGCGAAGAGGCAGAAGCAGCAGCGUGGGUCUCCAAGAGUACAAUAGCAGGACACGGGAGACGGAGCUGGAGCAAGAGAUUAGGCGGCUCAAGCAGGAUAACCGCAAUCUGAAAGAACAAAAUGACGAGCUGAAUGGACAGAUUAUAAACCUUAGCAUUCAGGGAGCCAAGAACCUCUUCUCAGCUUCCUUCUCCGAGUCCCUGGCUGCAGAAAUCAGCUCGGUCUCCAGAGAUGAGCUCAUGGAGGCAAUUCAAAAGCAAGAGGAGAUUAACUUCCGCCUGCAAGACUACAUUGACAGGAUCAUUGUGGCCAUCAUGGAAACCAACCCAUCCAUCCUGGAAGUCAAGUAAAGGAAGCCGAAAGCUGCAGACUGUGUGCUGCUGAUCUGGGGUGGACUUGGCACACUGAGAGGCAAAGGAGAGACUUAGGAUGUCUUUGACCUCCAUGAAAGCACAUGAAGUGUCACUUCAGAUCACUGGGUGAAUUAAUCCAGUGUCCUGGGGAAAAAGAAAACCAGCAACAAAGCUUUGUUGUUGGAUUCUCUUUCAAGACCCUUGCUGGCUUUAAGGGGUGAAAGGGAAUCUGGAGAAUAAAUGGAGCAAAACGUGGAGCGGGAUGGGGGAAGGAAAGGACCUGCCUCCCUGUCGAUGGAACAUAUCAAACGGUGGGGCUGACAAAUGCUAACUGGAACUGUUGCAAUAUGUAACCCUGAAAUCCCUUUUGGCGCAUGGGUGGGGAAUAGGUCUAAGGAGUUAAGCAAAAUACAGGGCCAUGUAUAGAUUCAUUCUGCUGAAACUUUAAUGAAAAGAGAAUAAUAGUGGGGUGGAGAAGUUAGUUGAUUGACUUCUGAGAUAAUUUCCUGCCCUACCCUGCACAGCCCAGAAAUCUGCUUUGCCAAAGUGCCCAGGACACCCUUACUGAGGCAGAUUUGUGAAUAAGAAAUGUUCGUUCCACGCCUGUAGAAUGUUUUUGAACUUAGUGCAAAGUUCGUCCCUCAGCCUGCACAACUAGCACCAUCUCACACCCCCUCUUCCUGGGGGUUGCAGGCAGGAACCCUAGAUGACUUCUCCCCAUUUAGUGGGUGGAAGGAAGGGGGCAGGGGAAUGGCCGUCUUUGAUAUGGGGGUGUAACUGGAGUUCGACACGUGCCUCGGCAUUUGUAUUUUUGUUCUCUGGCUUGGUAACAUUUUACACAUAUGGCAUCUUCUUUAAAUUCACUGUUCAUCUGGCUCCAUUCCUCACGCAAUACAGAGCGGUGGCUUUCUUCAGCACUCCCCAUUCCUCUUCUGUGGCAUGCUCCUUCAGCAUCAGAUGUUAGCACUUCUCUAUCAAACCAUGGGACCUGCGUUGGACAGGACUGCAGUAAGGUAGCGAUCAGUGGGAGGGGUGAAAGCCACACAGCCGUCGAUGGAAGGACAGCGGCUCCCUAUCCUGCUGUUUCCUUGAGCGAGUGAACGAAGGGCUGUGAUUUCUUCAUGGUUAAUUAGCCUGCAUUGGAGCCAGCCUGGUAGCUGUUAUGUCCUCCUCACUUCUGCUGUAUGGCCCACAGUACCCAUGUAGCCACAGUAGUGCUCAGCCAUAAGUGGGCACGCAGCUGUUCAGGCUGGUCCCCUAGUGGUGCAACAGAGUAAGUUCUAGCAGAGGUGACCAACAUGAACCGUUCACACGCUUGUUUCGAGAGCCAAGGACCUCCGCCAUCGUCCCCUAUGUGCAUGAAUGCCAGUGUUACCAUGAAGUGUAUUGCAAUGAUCCAGUCAGAGGUGGGCUCUGCUGAUGAUACUGCAGCACUGGAGGUAGAGCCCUUUCCAUGCCCGGGUUCUCCCCAUUCUUGUGCUGCGAUGCACUUGGCUUGCUAUCACAUUCAUUGAGUAGCUUAGUGGCUCUAAACCACUAAACCACAGUGGCGGCUGCUGUUUUGACUUCUUAGACGACCGAGGCCACCUACAGUGUAGUGAUUACAACUGAGUCUUAUACCCCAGUGAAGGUGGUGCUCGGAAGCUAAGGGGUACAAUUGACUGGAGGCUGAAAUCGAAGGCCUCUGGGAAACAAAAACCAUAUUAACUUCAGACCCAUUCAGGCUAAUGUGAAAUGCAUUUUAAAAGUCUUGUACAAUGAAUCCGGUUUAAUGAAUUUUAAAACCUAUACAAUGCAUCAUUCAAUAAGUAAAAACAGUCAUUGAUUAAAAAUGCCUGUUCCCCUCGAGCUACCAGAACAACCUUCAGGCUAGCACAUACCCAAAUGAUCCAACUUCCUUGGCUUUGAUUUUGAUUUGACCUGUAACUGAAAGGCGGCCUGGUUCCAGGCAUAGUUGGCAUGUUGAAUAUACAGUAGAUUUCUAUUUUAAAGGGGGGGUGAUUUAAUUUUUAAACCACCUGGUUAGCUUUCAGAAGGGCCCUGUUAGCCAGGCUGAAUCCCAAAUUUGUACAAAAUAUGGAAAAUCCCGGUGCAUUGGUCUGCACUGGAACAUUCUAAAUGUGCUCAUCGGACUGGGACAUCUGAGCUGCUAGUCCAGCUGCUUACCAGGGAAACCAGAUCCAAAUCCUCCCUCUGCUGAGAGUUGGAGAGCGAUAAACACCACAGCCCCUUCGCUUCCCUAAAAUCCCCUUUAGGCCAUCGCAACUACUGAGCGGGCAUCUCUCUUUUAUUUUAUUCCAUGUCUGGAAAGUAAAAGCCCUUGGUCCCAGAUGGCUUUUUCCAGGGCAUAAGAAAUUGCAUAACUGGAUUCAUGCAGACCCAAAGGAUGAUUCUAACGUGGGUGAAGAGCCUGUGUGAGUGAGAAUAGCUGGGGGAUCCCAAAAACACACAGUGGUGCUGACAGUCCCUAUCUUUCCCAUUGUAAUGGAGAGAUGGUUUCAUGGGAUGCCUGUGCAAAAUGUCCAUCUUCAUACGGGUUUGCCUUCUAUUAAGUCUUUAACCCAGACUUACCCAGUUUUCAUUUGAAAACUAAAGUAAGAGAAAAAGCGACUCCAGGGACAGAUGGCAGCAGGUCACUGCUUUCAACUCCAUCUCCCCCAUGCAGGGUCUGGAGCUCCAGUCUCAUUGGGAUGUUCGAGAAGUCCCCAGUCACAUUCUGUGAACACACAAUGCCCUUGGUCUUGUCUUUUGUAAUAACUGCUGAGAGAGAUGAGACAACCUGCCUUCCAGUGAGGGCUGCGUUCUCUCUUCCCUGGACACCUGAGCAAUGAGCCAUCAUCUUCCUUCUCCCUCCCCACAUCCUUGUAUAGCAUCUCCCAGCAAGCCAAGAGCUCCUGCUCAUUCAUUCUCUAAGCUGUCCCCUUGUGGACCUUUUCCCUCCCUGAGCCUGCGGGAAGAAGCCACGUAAUGUACGUUUCCAGAAUAGCUUUGGGUGUAAAUCGGUGUAUACUUUGAGAGGGAAAUUUUUCUAUCUUGUAGAGUAGGUAUUUUUUAUAGAAUGGAGGUUGAUCAAUUUUUUUAAUACUUUAAAGAAGAGAGAAAUGUAUCUGUGUAUACACAUAAAUAUAUAUAUAUAUAUAUGUAUAAAUAUAUAAAUAUCGGAGAUCUGCCUUUCUCAACUUGGGAUCGUGUAUCCCCAGUUAACACAUUUUUUUUCUGUUGAUCACUAAGAGGUACUGUAACUGUAAAUAAAUCAUCGGGAAAAGAGUUUUAAACAAAAAAAGAAGCACUGACUUGCACACUGAUCAUGCUUUAAGCCCCAAGGAAAAACUGUACUUCCUGACAAAGUUCCCCUCUCCCUGCUGGUAUGUGAAGGAAACUCCAAACAAGAAGCAAAACCAGUAUUGUCUGAACUGAUGUAUUCUUGUCAAAUUAAAAGCUGUUACCAUUA